UAUUGCAGACGGAGAAUAAUUUACUCUAAUUGAUCAGCUGAAUCGAACGAAAGAUGUACGUAGUUAAGCCGGAAUUUUCGCACUGUAAGCUAACUUUGCUCAGUUGAAAUAUUCAGUCUGAUAUUAGACUGAAGUGAAAGCAGCUGAAGCAAUAUAGCUUUUGAAAAUUUUAAAUGACAUAUUGAAAUAAGAAUUUAAAUAUAAUCACAUUCAACGGCGGACUCGUGAGUUUUCAGCCAUGCGGAAAAAAAAAAUUUAAAAAAAACAACAACUCUCGACCCGGCAAGUAUUUUGAUAGGCGACGAUCACCAUUUCCGUCGUUUAUACUUCCAUCUCACAUCACAUUUUCUCUUUUCCCUGAACACAAAUACAGAGCAUGUUAUGACAUACGAUUUUAUUUCCAAAACAAAAAAAUAAUAAUUGUCUUCCUUGCUGAAAAAUGGAAUUCCUUAGAAAGGGAGUCCAGAACUUUUCGGAUUUUUUUUGUUGUCUGGUAGUCAGCGGUAACCUUUCGGAGCAGGCGCGCGGGCGCCAUUCUUCGGUUGUCCCACGUGAUCAGCUUACGCUAUCAGCUGCUGAGCCUGACAACAAAGGCCAAAAAUUUGAGUCUAAAUUCUGGCCCAUUAUUUCCCGGUGCCUCCUGGUUUAGCUUCGGUGAUUUUGGCGUUUCACCACACGAUUGUGGACGGGUUCCGUCAAUACCCGUCAAAGCGAUUUCGAGGGAAGAAGAAGUUCAACGAUUGUCGAGCUUUCGACGGUACGAGUGACUUAGAAGCGCUUGGGUGCGGCGAAAGUUUAAGGCUUGUUUGUACCCCUCGUCUCUCUGUGGCGUUGUCUAGUCCAUUGAAGAUGUCGACCAAAGCCCUUGCAGCCAUUGCGAAGGUCAAGUCGGAGCAUAUUCUAAAGGAAUCAGAUGUAGAAGCAUCAUUCUCCAGCCACGACUCAGAUGAAGAAGGUGCUACAUAUGGGGUGAAGAGAUUUAAAAGGGACAUCGCAGAGGACGUGUUUGAAGAGAAUGGUAACAGAAAUGGCAUGGGCUCACCAGUAGUGGAACAUGAACUUAUGGAUACAGCACUGAAUGGAGGUCAUGGCAAUGAUUUACCUAGAGAUGGUUAGUUCUUUUCAUUACCAGAAUCAAUUUAAUCUAAAUGACCCAAAUUAGCAUUUAAAUUUUCAUUAUCAGAAAAUACCUAAAACUAUUGUAAAGGUCAGCACUCACUAGGGGACAUGUACGGGCAUGUGAAGCGGGGACAAGCUGCUUUGUGUGUACACAUACAGGAUGCAGGUUUCAGGGACAGUACGCAGACUGAGGCAUAGAAUGUGUUGUAGUUUAGACAGUUUACAAGAGUGGUGCACAUGUCUUUUUGUCCCUGCUUUAUGAUCAGGAUUCGUACGGAUCCUGGAAAACCUGGAAAGUCCUGGAAUUUUGUUGUGGUGUUUUCCAGGACUGGAAAGUCCUGGAAAA